AUGAGGACUGUGCUGCUGAGAGGGACAUUAGCACGUUCAGUGGCAGCUCUCUGCAGGCUGGAGCUUUUGAUAGGAGAAGUGGUCACAGAACUGGGCUCGUUCCCUUAUCCAAGGGAAUCCUGGAGUGAUAGAGACCAGGUGCAAGGAACAAAAGCCUUUCAGUGUGGCAAUGGGUUGUCCUUGCCUCCUGACAAUGUGUGUGACUUCACAGAUCAGUGUGGGGACAAGAGCGAUGAACAGCAAUGCUCCAGUUAUGAAAGAUGUGAUUUUGAAAAUGGGCUCUGUAGUAUGACACAAGAUCAGAGUCUGCAACUUGGUUGGACAAAGAGAAAUGGGAUGACUGGUCUCUCACCUCCAUUUUAUGAUCACAACGGUGAUAUGUCUGCCCACUUCCUCUCACUGGUCUCUAAAGUGGGUUCUACUUCCUCAGACUUAAGAAGCAGAGUUUUUCUUCCGACGAAUAACCAACAUGCUUGUCAGAUUGCAUUUUAUUGCUUCUCCAGCCAAGUGAGUGGCAAAUUAAUGGCUGGCCUUCAAACCACAUGUGGUGGACCCAUUCAGCAUUUAUGGCAAAACACAGCUGGGCUCCAGAAUCAGUGGGAGAGAAAUGUCAUGAACGUCCAGAGCAACCAGAAAUUUCAGGUUGUUUUUCAAGGUCAAAUAAUUUCAACUCCUGAACAGGAUGAAGUCAUAGCUAUUGAUGAUAUAUCUUUCAGUUCAGGCUGCUUGCCUGCAAAUGAUGAAAUUUUACCAUGUCCAGAAACAUUGAAUACGGAGCAGGAAUCGUGCCAUCUAGAUACAAGUCUCUGCAGUUCUAAUUCUACAGAUGAAGGAUUGAGGUUGUAUCAAGUCUGUGGAUUUGAAUUUGACAUGUGUGACUGGGUGUCAGAAACAUCUGCUGGGCAAAUUUCUUGGAUGCGCACAAAAGCAAGAGAAGUUCCCGCGUUACAAUCUAUACUCCAGCAGAAUCAAAGUAGUGAUGAAGGUUAUUUUAUAUGGGUAGGAGCUAAGGAUGCUUCUACUCUUAACUAUGUAGACAGCAGGGCUUAUUUAAAUAGCUCUGUGUGUCACUGCCUGGGCAAGAGCUGCCAUCUUCAAUUCUAUUAUUCCAUGGAAAACAGUGUUCUGAGAGUAGGACUAUACAAUAAUAAGGUGAGAAGAAACUUACAUUUAUUUCAAAUUCAUUAA